AUGAGUCUUGCUGCGUUUUCCUACUUCCUUGGCUACUUGUGGUUGGCUAGCACAAAUUUCGCAUAUGUUGAAGAAGAUAUCCAGAAUGUGAGCGGAUACAGACACGAUCUGGGAUGGCUGAGCAACCACCGUACAUAUCUGUUCAAUCUGGCUCACCGUGCUUACUUUUCUCAGGCUGGUACCAGACAUUUGAGGCUCUCCAGCGUCGGACACUUGUCCAAAGUGAAUGGUAACUUACUCAACCAGGUGGAAUCUAAAGCGGCACAUCAUCAAGGCCAACCAAUGCUUCCGAUUUCACUUGGCAGUGUACGCCGGCAUCUGGAGAGCCCCACUGGAAUUUCGGUACGCUCAUCUUUCGCGCCUACCUGGUACAAUCGAGGAUUAGGGAGACGGAACCAGAUCUCGCCUAAUCAACUGAUAGCUAUGGCGGGUGCUGAGCAGCUAGAGUUGAUAAUGUCUGGAAGCAAGAGUAGUGAAACCCAGCGACGUGACGCACACACCUUUGAUCUAACAGUCCAAAAUGUACAAAUACCAGCUGUCCAAACUACCUACUGGUGCAGGGUCACACAACUACCUAGGUUCGAGAAGAAGCAUCACAUAAUUCGAGUAAGUCAACAAUUCAUUGAACCGUUGGUACACAUCGAGCGUUGCUGA